AUGGAGGUGGAGCGGUCGAAGAAAGACGACGAUCUCAACAACGCCGCGACGGUGGAUGGAGGAUCCACGGAAGAAGUGUCCGUGGAGAGGAUUUUCGAGGCGAGCGCGGAGGCUCCUCCGCCGUGGGAGAAGCAGCUGACGUUCAGAGCAAUGAUCGUCAGUUUCAUCCUCUCGAUUCUCUUCACCUUCGUCGUCAUGAAGCUGAACCUCACCACCGGAAUCAUCCCGUCGCUCAACAUCUCCGCCGGAUUACUCGGAUUCUUCUUCGUCAAAACAUGGACAAAGCUUCUCCACAAAGCUGGAUUCCUAAAACAGCCCUUCACUCGGCAGGAAAACACCGUUAUUCAAACCUGCGUCGUCGCUUCCUCCGGGAUCGCCUUUAGCGGAGGGUUUGGUAGUUAUCUCUUUGGGAUGAGUGAUAUUGUCGCUAAACAAUCAGCCGAAGCCAAUACUCCUCUCAACAUUAAAAAUCCUCAUUUGGGUUGGAUGAUUGGAUUCCUCUUCGUUGUUAGCUUUCUUGGUCUUUUCUCUGUCGUUCCUCUUCGAAAGAUCAUGAUAGUGGACUUCAAAUUGACAUAUCCUAGUGGUACUGCCACUGCUCAUCUCAUCAACAGCUUCCACACACCUCAAGGUGCCAAACUUGCAAAGAAGCAAGUUAGAGCAUUGGGGAAGUUCUUCUCAUUCAGUUUCUUGUGGGGUUUCUUUCAAUGGUUCUUUACUUCUGGUGACGACUGUGGUUUUGCUAACUUCCCUACCUUUGGUCUCAAAGCCUAUAAAAACAAGUUCUACUUUGAUUUCUCGGCUACAUAUGUUGGUGUUGGAAUGAUAUGCCCAUAUCUGAUCAAUGUGUCUCUUCUCGUUGGAUCAAUACUCUCUUGGGGUGUUAUGUGGCCUCUCAUUGAUGCCCAAAAAGGCAACUGGUAUUCUUCUGAUCUUGGUUCAAGUAGUCUCCACGGCCUUCAAGGCUACAAGGUGUUUAUAGCCAUAGCUAUGAUCCUUGGUGAUGGUCUCUACAACUUCAUCAAAGUCCUAGGCCGCACUAUCGUUGGUCUAUACAAACAAUUCAAGAACAGAGAUGUUCUUCCUGUCAACGACCGGUCAUCACCAACUGCCAUAACCAUUUCUUACGACGACAAACGAAGAACAGAGCUUUUUCUCAAAGACAGAAUCCCAUCAUGGAUUGCUGUAUCCGGUUAUGUAGUCAUGGCCAUAGUCUCAAUCAUCACAGUUCCACACAUCUUCCCUCAGCUUAAAUGGUACCACAUCUUGACCAUGUACAUAAUCGCCCCUGUCCUAGCCUUUUGCAACGCCUAUGGUUGCGGACUCACCGACUGGUCCUUAGCUUCUACUUACGGCAAACUCGCCAUUUUCACUAUUGGAGCUUGGGCUGGUGCAGCCAACGGAGGCGUUUUAGCCGGACUCGCGGCUUGUGGUGUAAUGAUGAACAUUGUCUCGACCGCUUCUGAUCUUAUGCAAGAUUUCAAAACCGGUUACAUGACAUUAGCCUCACCAAGAUCAAUGUUCUUGAGCCAAGCGAUUGGAACCGCUAUGGGCUGCGUCAUCUCUCCUUGUGUAUUCUGGCUAUUCUACAAGGCCUUUCCCGACUUUGGUCAAACCGGGACCGCUUAUCCCGCACCGUACGCCCUAGUCUACAGAAACAUGUCGAUACUCGGAGUGGAAGGAUUCUCUGCUUUGCCUAAACAUUGCCUCAUGCUCUGUUACAUAUUCUUCGCAGCUGCCGUGUUUGUCAACGGUGUAAGGGAUCUCGUGGGACCGAAGUGGGCGCGAUUUAUCCCGCUACCGAUGGCUAUGGCUAUACCAUUUUACAUCGGAGGGUACUUCACGAUCGAUAUGUGUGUAGGAAGUCUGAUAUUGUUCAUCUGGAGGAAACUGAAUAGACCAAAAGCUGAUGCAUACUCUUCAGCUGUGGCUUCUGGUUUGAUUUGUGGUGAAGGCAUUUGGACAUUACCAAGCUCUAUACUUGCUUUGGCUGGUGUUAAGCCUCCUAUUUGCAUGAAGUUCUUGUCUAGCUCGACCAACGUUAAGGUUGAUUCCUUCUUAAACCCUUAA